UCACGUGCUGCCUACUAACUCACCGGGCUGGUUUGAAACCCCCCGUGAGAUUUCUCUUCGCGGGUGGGGGGCUUGCGUCUCCCGGAUCCCACCAGCCAACCCCAGCUCUGCCACUGCGCUGCCGCAGCCCUUCACGCGUGUUUAUGGUCGCCAGCCGCCGAUCCCGGUAGUGGCAAGUGCAGAGGCGCUGGGGGGAGGGAGAGAGCCGGGCAGAGAGAGAGCAUGGCCGAGAGAAAGAGGAACUGGAACAAGGAAGAUGACCUGCCCGUGUAUCUGGCCAGGCCGGGCACCACGGCUCAGACCCCUCGGCAGAAAUACGGGGGCAUGUUCGCCUCGGUGGAGGGGGCCUACGAGAACAAAACCAUCGACUUCGAUGCCUACAGCGUGGGGAAGAAGGGCUCCCGGACCCCGCGCAGCGGCAGCAGACACGACAUGAUGCUGGAUGCCGGGGACAGUUACAGUGAGACCGCCAGCGAUGUCAGCGAGGUCUCCGGCUCCGUGGUCAGCUCCCCCGGGGACCGGGACGACAAGACCCCGGGCAUCGAGAUCAGAUACCCGGCGGGGAAAGAGCUGCUGCAGGGCCAGGACAAUGGGAAGAGUGAUCGACUGCUCAUUAAAGGUGGAAGAAUUAUCAAUGAUGACCACUCCUUCUAUGCAGACAUAUACCUGGAAGAUGGACUUAUAAAACAAAUAGGAGAGAAUUUGAUUGUUCCUGGUGGAGUAAAGACAAUUGAGGCUAAUGGGCGUAUGGUUAUCCCUGGGGGAAUCGAUGUCAACACUUACCUACAAAAGCCGUACCAAGGAAUGACUGCUGUUGAUGACUUCUAUCAAGGCACAAAAGCAGCUCUAGCAGGCGGUACCACCAUGAUCAUUGAUCAUGUGCUUCCUGAAGCUGGAGCGAGUUUAUUGACUGCAUUUGAAAAGUGGCACGAGGCAGCUGACACCAAAUCCUGUUGUGAUUACUCUCUCCAUGUGGAUAUCACUGGCUGGUAUGAUGGGAUCCGAGAAGAGAUGGAUAUCCUGGUGCAAGAUAAAGGUGUUAAUUCUUUCCAAGUCUACAUGGCCUAUAAAGAUCUCUAUCAAAUGUCUGACAGUCAGCUUUAUGAAGCUUUUACCUUUCUGAAAGGGCUUGGAGCUGUAAUCAUGGUCCAUGCUGAAAAUGGAGAUUUGAUAGCUCAGGAACAAAAACGUAUCCUGGAGAUGGGAAUCACAGGACCUGAGGGACAUGCCCUAAGCAGACCUGAGGAGCUUGAAGCGGAAGCUGUUUUCCGUGCCAUCACCAUUGGCAGUCGAAUCAACUGUCCGGUGUAUAUCACCAAGGUGAUGAGUAAGAGCGCGGCUGAUAUCAUUGCGCUGGCUAGGAAGAGAGGUCCUCUAGUUUUUGGUGAGCCAAUCACUGCCAGCCUGGGGACAGAUGGGACACAUUAUUGGAGCAAAAACUGGGCCAAGGCUGCAGCCUUUGUGACCUCACCACCUCUGAGUCCUGACCCCACCACACCAGAUCACUUGAACUCACUCUUAGCAUGUGGGGACCUGCAGGUGACGGGAAGUGGGCACUGUCCCUACAGCACUGCCCAGAAAGCCAUCGGAAAGGAUAACUUCACUAUGAUUCCUGAAGGAGUUAAUGGAAUUGAGGAAAGAAUGACUGUUAUCUGGGACAAGUCUGUCGCUACAGGCAAAAUGGAUGAGAACCAGUUUGUUGCUGUUACCAGCACCAAUGCUGCCAAAAUCUUUAAUCUGUAUCCAAGGAAGGGCCGGAUUGCUGUGGGCUCAGAUGCUGAUGUUGUUAUCUGGGAUCCAGAUAAAGUGAAGACUAUUACAGCCAAAAGCCAUAAAUCGGCUGUUGAAUAUAACAUCUUUGAAGGGAUGGAAUGCCAUGGUGCUCCCCUGGUGGUCAUAAGCCAAGGAAAGAUUGUGUUUGAAGAUGGAAAUCUGCAUGUAAAUAAGGGAAUGGGCCGUUUCAUUCCUCGCAAACCUUUCCCUGAAUACCUUUACCAGCGCAUCAAAAUCAGGAAUAAGGUAACAGGAUUGCAAGGGGUGUCCAGAGGAAUGUAUGAUGGGCCAGUGUAUGAAAUCCCAGCUACGCCAAAAUAUGCAACGCCUGCACCUUCAGCUAAGUCCUCCCCUGCCAAAAAUCAGCCUCCACCAAUCAGAAAUCUCCACCAAUCUAAUUUCAGCUUAUCAGGUGCUCAGGUAGAUGACAACAACCCUCGUCGCACUGGACACCGCAUUGUUGCGCCCCCUGGUGGUCGCUCUAAUAUUACCAGUCUUGGCUGAACAGAGAUGAUGGGCAGAAUGGCAAGAAUGAAGGAUCAUGGGAAUAAUGUCUGUUCCCUUUGAUGUCCAUGUUAUUGAACCCACAGUUUUAUUCGGUACUAAUGAGGGGAAAAUGAGUUGUCUUUUUGUUUUUCUUUUCUUUUUCUUUUUUUUUCUCUUUUUUUUUUUUAUAUUUGCAUAGGAAGAGGUGAUAAUAGUGUGGUGUAUUUGCUUGGAACUACUUGCCUCACAAUUGUGCUUUCUUGCCAUAGUCACCUUAAAGCAUGGUGCUUCCAUUGCCCCUUUCGUGACUACAGGUUUUAGCUUUGUCUUGUAACUAAAUGAUGGUUCCUUUGCACCUGUUAGCUGUACUAGAGUAGUAAAUGCAUGUUACUAAGUUAUUUAUGCAAGUUGCAGUCUGUGAGUGCAUCUGUUUAGAACACGUUGCCAAUAAUUGACACAAUGCCAAGAUCAAUGCCCCUAAAAUACAUAAGAAGGAAGAAUGCAGACAUUUUUAAAGUAUGCAGUAGAAUAGCGUAAGUGGCUUCUGUUAAUAUCUUUAAUUUAUUAUAAAUCCAUGAAGCACUGCUCCCAGAUACAAAGAAACAACUUCAAAAUGUGUAAUGACAUCGUGGCCUCUGUAGCAAUUCUCAUUAUCCACUAAAGUACAUUCCAAGUAUGUGUCUUAAUUGUUUUCAUUUUAGACGGAGCCAUAACUUCUACACAGCAAUGCCAUUGCCAUCCCAUUCAGAGAUUUCUCCAGCUGGGCAGUAGUGCUCUCCUUGUGCAUGAGUGUUUUGGUACUUAAGAAUAACUCAGAUUACCGUUGGAUUUUUAAACUUUUUUGUACAAAGUUUUUCCUUUGUAAUCACAUGCAUUUUUACUUAUUAUACCCUAUCAGAUCUACUAGUUGUGGUUCUAUUUCUGAAUUCAAAGCUUGUGAAAUAAAGGAAAUGAAAAGAUCA